UUCCUCAACUGCGAAAGAGGGGCCUGGCGAGAUCGUUGAAGAAGCCUGUCCAAAGAGUAAACAUAUUUCAUCAAUAAUAUAGGAUACACCUCCAUAGACUGUCUUAUCGUCUGUGUUGUGUGGAGAAGCUUUAAACAAUUUACCCACAGCAAUGUCGGCCCAAGCUCAAAUGAGAGCUUUGCUCGAUCAACUAAUGGGGACUUCGAGGGACGGGGAUGAGACGCGGCAGAGGGUCAAAUUCACUGAUGAGAGGGUCUGCAAAAGCCAUCUCCUGAACUGCUGUCCCCACGACAUCCUCUCCGGGACCCGUAUGGAUCUGGGAGAAUGUGCGAAGACCCACGACCUGGCACUCCGGGCCGACUAUGAAAUUGCCUCCAAGGAGAGAGACCUCUUCUUUGAGCUUGACGCUGUGGACCACCUGGAGUCUUUCAUUGCCGAUUGCGACCGGAGAACAGAGUUGGCCAAGAAACGACUGGUUGAGACCCAAGACGAGAUCAGUGCGGAGGUGGCUGAAAAGGCAGAGACGGUUCACGAGCUGAACGAGGAGAUUGGGAAGCUCCUGGCCAAGGCAGAGCAGCUGGGUGCCGAGGGGAAUGUGGAUGAGGCCCAGAAGGUCCUACAGGAAGUGGAGAAAGUGCGCAGCAGGAAGAGGGACGCUGAGGAGGAGUACAGAAACUCCAUGCCUGCCUCCAGUUUCCAGCAGCAGAAGCUUCGUGUCUGCGAGGUGUGCUCGGCCUACCUGGGUCUCCACGACAACGACCGUCGCCUGGCCGACCACUUUGGCGGGAAGCUGCACCUGGGCUUCAUCCAGAUCAGGGAGAAACUGGAAGCCCUGAAGAAAACCGUCCUGGAAAAGCAGGAGAAGAGGAACCAGGAUCGUCUGAAGAGGAGAGAAGAGAGAGAGAAGGAGGAGAAGAUGAAGAAGAAGACCAAAUCACGGAGCAGGGAACGGAGCAGGGAACAUAGAAGGUCCAGCUCUCGCGACCGUAGGAGACGCCGUUCGCGUUCCUCGUCUCGGGAGAAGCGGCGUUCCUCCCGCUCGCGCUCCAGGGACCGGGAGAGGCGGCGACGCCACCGCAGCCGAUCCCGCAGCAAGGGCGGCCGCCACAGCCACGAGCCCAGCUCCCGACACAAGUCGUCUAGGGAUCGCGAUCGCUCCUCCAGAGACCGUUCACGGGAGCGAAGCAGGAAGAGGGGAUCCUCGGAGCAGCGGCAGGACAGCAGGGAUCAGAACGGGAGAACAGACUCCCGCCGGGCGGAGGUCAGGGAUAGAGACCUUUGAGGACUCUAUCUGUCUCUCUCUCUCGCUGUCUCCAUCCUCAACACACAACCUCCUUUAGUCUGUCUCUCUUUCAUAUCUGUCCAUUACAUCUAUUUGAACUCUCUCCUUGUAUGAAUUUUCCCUCCGUUCCCUUAUCAAAAUUAUCCAGAGAUGUUUUGCUUUGACCGAUAUUCCAGCCAACCCACUGUCCCAAAUACAUAGCGCUUAUAUGACCACAGAAGUAUAUACAGGUAACUGCCAAAAUAAUGGAAACACUUCAGUAAAACAAAGUAUACUGAAAGCAGGUGCCUCCACACGUGUGGUUCAUGAGUUAAUUAAGAAAUGAACAUCGCAUCAUAAUUAGGGUCAUGUAUAAAAAUGCUGGGCCGGCCAUUAUUUUGCCUACCAUGGCUAUACCCCCAUAGGAUGAUAAUGCCCCCAUCCACAGGGCAUGAGUGGUCACUGAAUGGUUUAAUGAGCAUGAAAACGAUGUAAACCAUAUACCAUGUCUCCAGGUCUCAACCCAAUUGAACACUUAUGGGAAAUUCUGGAGCGGUGAAAACACCAAAUCAUGGAAUUUCUCGUGGAAGAAUGGGGUCGCAUCCCUCCAAUAGCGUUCCAGACACUUGUAGAAUCUAUGCGGUGGCCCAACGCCCUACUAAAACACGUUAUGUUGGUGUUUCCUUUAUUUUGUCACCUGUAUAUUGUACAUGCAUAUAUAUUUUAGUUUCAAGCGUUAUCCUGUGAUAAAGUUGUGGGGGGGUUGUUGAACAUUGGGCGUGGGAGUACAUAAAGUCCUGACAGUGUAUGUUAGAUGUGAUGGCUGUUGAUGACAUGCAUAUGAUUAAAUAUUCUAUAAAACUGUCCUGAAUAUUAAUUUCCUGGGGGAAUCAGUAGCUGAAACUAGAGGAAGGAUAAAUGAAUGACCGUUGGCCAUAAACUUAAAAGAAUAGAGCAUUUCCAUAUUGCUGUGUUUUAUGAUACUGUUAAUUUUAAACUGUCAGAAUUUCUAUGUGUGAUUGAGAUACUUUGCAUAAUUAUACCUCCAGCAUACUGUCCUGGCUGGUGUUCAUUAGGCACCAAAUGGAAGAUACUGGACUGAAACAGGGAGGGGUCACCUGGACUUGUCCAAUAAGAAACCUACAUUUUUGUUUUCCUGUAAAAACGUUGCUAAAUGUUUUCAGUUAUUUCCCUAAUAAACACGACCCAGCAUUACUGUCUUGGA